AUGAAAGGACUAAUACGUGGAAAUGCUAAAGGGUCUCUGGCUCAAAAUGUUGAAGAUCUUUUAGAGAGACUGAGUACUGCCGGGUCCUCAAAACAACAUGCCCAUCUGAGUACUAUGAUAACUCUCAUGAGUCACAUUAUGAAUAAUGGAUUGAUAGUCCCCACCCAAGAUCUUGCGAAAAAGUACAAAGAACUGAAGCGUUUGAAGGAGUCGACCCACCUUGAAUCUUCGUGUUUACUUGAGAUUAUGUCAAAACACUUAAAUGUAGCACAAAUUUAUAUUGAAGGGAAAGGCUACAUUAUAGAGAACCAUGGCAGAGAAUUAGCCAAGGUUGUUGAGUCACUUCAACAACUGAGAGAAUCGGACCAGUCAAUAGUGAAUAGAAAAGUCGAGGAGGCCGUUGGAAGCACGUACGAGACUCUAUUAAAAUAUCUUGAUACUAAAAGAGACCGUGACACCGUCAAAGCUAUUCUGGCGAAGAUUACCAGUGCGAAGUGUAUGGCCAAAUUAGCCAAUGUGCAAGACAAAAGGAGUUUCUCGCACUCGAAGGGUCUUGUUUUCAGAAACCUUUAUUUGUUCGAGGAAAUGAAGCAAGGGAUUGAGGUUACAGAGCCGACAAUGAGCGAAGAGGCAAGGAGAAAAAAAUGCAAUCGGCUUCUCCAGAAAAUGAAAAUUGAAAAACUGCGCCACAUCUUCAAAGGUAGAGGCAGAAGUUUAAAGUGUGAAGAAUUUCCCGAUCUGGCAGGGAUUUUGGAGUUUGCUUUUGGAGAAGGUGAUCGUGUGGACAGGGCGGGUGGGGGACUUGAAAGUCACCCCAGACUAACUGACACGGUGCUUUAUAGAGCGGCCGACAGUAACACUAUCAUGAGACAUGCGCGGGAGACUAUUCUUGCUUUAGCUCCUGAGGGUUUUAAAAUCAGCUUGUCCACCUGCUUCAAUUACACCCAAAAUUACCGCGAGGGAACGUACCAGGCCAGAAGACACCAUUCAGGAAGAGGUAUCAACGCCUGUCUAUCCUUGCACAAACCACCUAGAAUUGGGGUUGAGCAAUUUGUUAUCAAUUUACACUGGUCCACUCAGAAUGUGAAUCUCACAUUGGACAUGGCUCAUUCGUUUCCCAAUGAAAUUUUAGUUGACUCAAAGGACGCCAAGGCGAAAAUAAGCGCCGACGUAUCACCUGUUCAGAAACCCGGAAAAAGUUGGCGGAAAAUAAUCCUCCCCGAUCACGACUGGAAUAGAUCCGCUCAAAAUGCAAUCACACCAAUGAGUCACCUGUUUAUACAGACAGAUUUGACUCUUGAAGACCAAAAGGAACAAAAUCUUGUCUACAGCGUUCGGAGAACAGGCGCAGCAGCUACUCUUUUAAAUAUAUCCUACUUUGAGCCUGAAACCGUACACCGAGUUUUCAAUGAAAUCUUUCUUCUUUUAAGAAAUCCAUCACUAGAUCAUCUGUUCAGAAACCCAGACACUGGCAAAUUAAAAAAACACUUUGCAUUCAUCGUGGAUAAUGGUCCAUCAGAGGCCCCGUCGAACCCUUUGGUGCAAAUGUGGCUGGUUCGUUUAGCAAGGGUAUUGAAACUGAAAUCAGUAACACAAAAGUCUUUUGCAGAGUACCAUAGUAAAAGAAAUCUAGUAGAACGAGUCCACGCUGUUCAGAAUCAUGCCCUGUCAAAUGAGCAGUUUUCAAGCAAGGGAAUUUAUUCCGAGUAUGAAAAAGGUGAUGAGAAACACAAAGCUAACAUGGAGCACAUGGCCGAGGAAGUAAGGAAGUGUCUAGCCAGCACGCAAUAUGGUGGAAAGGCAUGUACCGUUAUGCGCGGAAUCGGCGGACAAGAAAAUUUCGUAUUCAACGAUGAAGAACAUCUGGUCACAUUUCUCGGAAAGAAUGAAAACCGAAAGGCGGAUGACAUCCUUCAGUACCAGCCCAUCAAAAAUGAUUUAUGGAGGGAGGUUUCUAUUGUAUGGGACCUGAAUGAAAAUUACACCGGGAGUUACCGGGAGGACUAUGAGAUUAUUCAGAACAAAUUUCACGAAGAUGGUCAGCGAACAUGCUGGAUGGACAAAUACUCUACCACGAUAUUCAACCCUGAUGUCGAAUGCGAUUCAGGAAUUGAGGCCUUCACCUUUCAACCUCUACCAGAUUACAUCAGGUGGAUUCUAACUGGCGGUGAACUGCAUUACCUCCCUCUGGAAAAAGUUCAGAAAUUGGUCACACAGGUAGUUGCUGAUACACCUGGAGCAUUUCUUCCCUCGAAAAUAUUGGAAAUGAUGUUCAAAGUUUUCUCACACGGUACAGACAAUAUUUUGUCAGGCAUUUCGUUUCUAACCUGGUGCACCGAAAAAGACGUCACUACGUUUUUUCAAAAUUACAAAGAAAAGCUUGAUAAAUCAUUUGUGAGUGACAAAGAAAAAGAGUACUGGUCCCAGGACGAACUUUAUCAGUGCAAUAGCAAAGAGCAGCUUGAGGAGUUGUGCCGUAAAGAGAGAAUACCAACGGAAGGGAAAAAAUAUGAUUGCGUGAAACGUCUCGUGGAGAAGAUGGGUUAUGAGAAACCACCCCCGCUUGAAGAGUACAACGGAGAUCUCAGUUCUUUACCAGAUUCCAUCACAGAUAUAGCUAAAUUGUCCAUUUAUAAGUUGAAAGAAAUCUUACGAUUUCACAAUGUUCUAGAUUGUGGUACAAAGGACGAACUCGUUGUUCGCGUCGGCAUGGUGAGAGGAGGAAGAAAAUACUUGGCCUUCCAUCGAGAAUUAGAAGCCAUUCGAAAUCUAAUUACGGCGACCAGAUCCAUAAUAACCGCUGAAAAAGAGUUGUACUUAGAAGAUCCAAAAGUGAUACACAAGAGAAGGAAAUUUUUUACGAAAUCCGGUCCCUCAGUGAAUACAGUGAGACCCAGAGAUAGUGCAUCCAUCCCUAAUCAAAACCAGAAUGCGUUCCUGGAAGUACCGAAUGGUUUAUCUUUGGAAAAUCUCGAGGAGGCCUUGACUCCUCUGAGUAAUGAACUUUUACUAUAUCAAAAGCAACAACAGCAAAACAUUGCAUCAUGUGAAAAAGUUACCCUUGAAACCGUUCUGGAAGCAGUAAGGUCAGUAGGUACUAGAGUUCGAAUAUUAUGGGAGAGGGAUGAAGUUGGAACAUCGGGAUGGAGAACGGGUAAGUAAACGCUUAUUGCGCUAGAGUAGAGAUAUUUUAUUGUUAAAUUUUGUCGUGUACGUAAAGCAUUAUAAUUUUUAUUCCAUUUUAUAAAUGAAACUUGAAUAAAUGACGUUUCAUCAAGACUUUGUACAAAUAUAUAAAUUGAAAACCAAUUUGGUUAACACAAACGUUAGCUUAGCCCUUCGCACAAGAAUUUUCAAGAUCUGUUCAGGAUUCAAUUAAUGAUCUUCAUGAACUAAAAUGCAACUUUUUUCGAAGGUUGGUAUGUGGGAACUGUCAAGAACUUCUUGAAGGAGACCGAUACGAUCGAAGUCGAAUUUGACACCGAGAAGGGAGUCAGUUAUCAAUAUUGCGUGGAAAAAGAGGUCAGGGCCAGAAAAGUAAAGCUUGCAAGAUCAGCAGAAAAAAAACUGGGGAGGUACGAGGAACUCACAAUGAUUGGUGCGAUUGUAGAAGUAAAGUGGACGGAGAAUGACCUAGCAAACACAGGGUGGUCAGCUGGUAGAUAUUAUUUUCUUGUUAUCUCUUAUGGUAUAUCUGCUCCCUACUGUUUGAAAGCUGUAAUUUCUUUCUACGUUAGCCCGGUUGUUUUUGUUGUAUUUUACAAGUUUUACAUUUUGUGAUUUCGAUUUAAUGUUGUAAUGAAUUAUCCUUACGAUAACCUAAAAUUCUAUUGUUGCUAGAAUUGUUGCUUUGCAACAAUAGAAUUCUAUUGUUGCUUUUGCAGCAAUAGAACAAUAGCAGUCUUGUGACCGUAGGGAUGUUUUCUCUGUUUAAAUAUUAUUACUUUUUUUUUUAAUGGAAUUUUUUUCCGAAAUUAAUAAGUGUCUUUUAUUUAAUCGAAAGGAAUAAUAUAAAUAGUGCUUUGCCUGAAUAGUUUUUUAAGUGAAAUUAAUUGUAAAUAGGAUUUUAUAGUUAGCUUUGUUAUCAAUAAAAGGUUUGGGUUUUAUUAAAAAAAUGUUUUUUCUUUAAUACUACUAAUCACAAUAAUAAUAAUAAUAAUAUUAUUAUUAUUGUUGUUGUUGUUGUUGUUGUUCUAUAAAGUGAAGGACAUCUAGAAAAGUAAGAAAAGUUAUUACAAUACAUUUAAGAAGAAAUCAUUACUUUUUUCUUGUAAUUUUAUUUAUAAGGCCUGCAUCUCUGUUGAUGAUAUUAAAUGUCCUCUUUAUAGGUUGGUACGAAGCAGAAGUACAGUCAUUCGACAGCGACGAUGACGAAAUAUCCAUAGUUUAUGCAGAAGAGCCUGAAUUUGUCUACAGGAUGCCUGUCCUUCCCAGCAUUGUAUCGGGGACUCUUCGACUGAAACAAAGCCUUUUCUAG